AUUAAAUGGAUUAAAAUAACCUCCAUACAUUGUUUUUUAUUGAUCAUAUUCUCAAAAAUGAGCAAGCACAAAAGAUACAAUAGCUUGCCAAAGAAUACAGUGCAGAGAAUGCUCACAUCAGGGAUAUGGCUAAAGAACAGGCUGACCUAUUUUUAUCAUAACUCCCAAUUUCAAGUUAUGGGGAAGAGAAAGUCAAAAGGCUAUAUUUUGAUGGAUGUUUCGAUUUAAUGCACUCUGGUCAUUUCAACGCACUUCGCUAGGCCAAAGAGUUAUGUGAAACUUUGGUUGUUGGAGUGAUAAAAUCUGAUGCCAUUGCCAAAGCAAAAGGACCUCCAAUCAUGACUGAUGAGGAAAGAUUGGCCUUGGCUAGUGCUUGCAAAUGGGUUGAUGAAGUAGUUAUCCAGGAAACCUACGAUCCAACAAUAGAAUAGAUAGAUAGACAUUCUUGUUCCCAUGUUGCUCACGGCGAUGAUUUAGUCUAAACUGCUGAUGGAAAGGAUGCUUAUUAGCCAUUUAAAGAUGCAAAAAGAAUGAAGUAAUUUUUUUUGUCAUUCCAUAUUUUUUUAGAAUCUUUAAAAGAACAGAAGGAAUCAGUACAACUGACAUAGUGGGAAGAAUGCUAUUGAUGACCAAAGAAGGGAUGUGGGAAGAGAAGGUAAUUCUUAUUUAAAUAUUUUCAGAAAGUAUUUUAACAGUAAACCAUUGUCGAAGCAUCCAACAUCAACUCUUUGGAAAUAGAUCAAGCAUCCAUUGAAUAAACCUUAAAUAAUAAGAUUUUGAACACAACCAGAAGAAUCAUGUAGUUUAGCAACAACAAGAAACCUAAAUCCGGUGACAAAAUCGUUUAUAUCGAUGGGUCCUUUGACAUUCUACAUUAAGGUCAUGUGGAUGUUCUAAGAUAAGCCAAGGAAAUGGGAGAUUUUUUGUAUGUUGGAGUUUAUGAUAAUGAGGUAUUUAAAAAAAUUCCUAAAUUCCUAGACUAUUAAUAAAGUAAAAGGAAAAAAUUAUCCAAUUUUAAAUUUGUAAGAAAGAGUUUUAAAUUUGUUGGCUAUUAAAUAUGUCGAUGAAGUCAUUAUGGGAGUUCCAUAUAAAGUGAAUGAACAGUUAAUCAAAAAUUUCAAAAUUGAUUUGGUCGUUGAAGGCAGUUGCUCUUCAAAAACCAGCGAAGAUCCUUAUGAAUUGCCUAUCAAAUUGGGAAUCUAUUAGUAAAUCCAAGCUGUACACAAACAGACUACUGAUGAGCUCAUUGAAAGAAUCGUUGGAAAUAGAUUACGAUUUUUGGAGAAGUACAACUCCAGAAAAAAGAAAGAAAUCAAUUUCUUUGAAAAUCAUGAUUACAAAGUGGAAGAAAUAUGACAUCAGCAUUUUAU